AUGAGCUCAAAGUCGAAUUCUCGGGACGGCUUCACUGAAGUGUCAGCUGAUUCCCUCAAGGAGACAUCAUCCUCUAUUCACCAGUACUUUCAUUUCGAUCGUCUGCGACGAACAAAAUCCAUGCCAAAAAGAUCACAACCUGAGAAUCCAAACUUAACUCCCCGUCCUCCAGAACCUUCACCAUCAAAACAUGAGUAUUUUAAGGGACUUAACAGCGCCAAGUCCAGAUUUUUUCAUUCCUGCCGUAUUUCCAAAUCUGAAAAGAGUGAAAAAUUUGCAAAAAGACCAUUUUCUCCGAUAGUUGGAAAAUACAGUCAACUCAAAUAUGGAACCAGGCCUUCUUUAAUGUUUGAAACUGGGUCGAUGGCAACUUCCGUGUUUUUCGAUGAAAAAGAAGAUAGAUCUAGCAGCAGUGGAAACACUUGCUCAUAUGUCCAUCCAAUGCUUGCGGAAUUGGAAGCGGAAAUCACUACUCCUUUGCCUCCCCCUAGAGCUUGUCCUUAUUGGUUAAAAUCUGCACUUGAAAGGUCACAAGAUUCUGCAGAUUCCUCUUCAAAAGCGGCAGUCCCAAAUCCUGUUGAUAUUACCUCUUUGGCCGCCUCCGUAUAUUCGGAAGAUGGUAGUUUUCUCAACUAUUUCGAUGAAGAAAGUGACGGAACUGAAGAUGUUCGUAUCUAUCCGGUAAUGCAGAAUGGUGUCAAAAUAAGUGAUACCCACUACUGGGUCAUAAAUCCGCCAAAAAGUCGAUCCAAACAACGAAAAGAGACGGGAACAUCGUUUUGCAACGGUAAGGGUGCCAAUUAUGCAGGUCGCCCUACAAGUCUUUCCGCGAAAGCAAUCGAUGACAAUCGAUCACAUUAUGAAAAUCUCCCUGAUAUUUUGGCCUGCUCGUCACCCGGAACUAAUCAAUCUGGUGAUGAAUUUCAAUCGGUAAAACUGCGUAGAGGUAGAUCAGAAUGCCACAAAGAAGUCCUUCGGUUAGUUCAACAAACUCUUGUGGAAAAACUGCAAUAUGAAGUGCCUACUGCAAGGUUAGAUGAAUGUCGAGCUGUGCUGAUUGGAUCUAGCUGGAACUUUCAGAAAGCGGAACGUCGUCUUAAAGUUGAGCUGCUUUGUCGAAUGGGGUAUGUAUCUAAAUCUUCUUGUGAAAGAUUAUUGGAGCGCUUGAAUUGGAACUUUGAUGAAGCCUAUGAGCUUCUUCGAAAGAGUGGAAACAUUCGACAGAUUCCCUCUUCCUAUUCUCACAGUUCAACCAGUGCCGGCGUUUCAGCUAGUGUGACCCCGGAUAAUUCCCCUGAUAUUAUCUACCUCAAUAAUUCUUCACCUCCUAUUCAUGAUUAG